CCAGUAUGCAAAAUUGACAGCCGAUAUGACAAUUAGAUUAUGUAAAUAAAUAUUGGAAAGGUCAUUAGGAAGGUCAUUAUUUAAAACAGUGUCAUCUUAUAAUACUUGGUGAUAAGAACACAAGUUUUGCUGCGAUCCUUAAAAUUAUACACAUAUACAUAUAAACAAGAACUGUGUAGCAUUUAAAUGAUGAACAGGUGGUAUAAUUCAAUUUGGAUUACACAUCCAUUGUUACAUCAUUGUUCAUUCUAAAAUGUCCAUCAAACUGAUACAUGCAUUUGUUUCGAGUAAAGUAAUCUGGCAACUUUAAUACCUUUUGUACAGAUGGGAAGAAGUUCUCUUACCCAGUCAAUAGAUCCUUGAGGGCAUUUACCUUGCAACCAAAAAUGGAUUGUGGACAUUUGGUAGAGCCCGCAAAUGGUCAGGUGGACAUUUCAAAUGGUACUUUAGUCGGAAGUCAAGCUGUAUAUAGCUGCAUGUCUGGAUAUGCUCUGCAUGGAGAACAGACGAGAAAGUGCCUUGCAGAUGGGUACUGGAAUGGUUCGCAGCCGAUCUGUCAACCGUCAGGCGAAGGACUAACCUGUUUAGACUGUAAAGAUAUGUCCCAUCUGUUUCUAUGUGAUACCGUAAGAGCAUGUUCAGACGGGCAGGUCUGUUAUGUGGAAACGUACAAAACCAAUGGUGGUCAAGUGAAAUACAACAGUGGAUGUGUAGACUCUCACCAAUGUGCCAGUUGGAAACAACAAAAAAGUAAACGAUCCGCCGAGUGUGUACACUGCUGUACAUCGCAACUGUGUAAUGCUAAUGGUUGUGGAAGUCAGGGCCUACCUCCUCAAGAUUUACGCGGACCUCUGUGUUAUGAAUGUUCUUACGUUUCCAACAUGGAGGAGUGUAAAACAGUGAAACUGUGUGCAAAAGAUGAGGUGUGUAGCAUUGAGAAGUAUGACUGGGGUGGUGUGUAUGAUCAUUACACAGCGAAAUGCCACAGCAUGCAGUGUAUUUCCCACAAGAGGUCAUUCAACCAGUAUGUCUCAUCAGCACGGACAUCACGCUCAACGCCUGUGUGUCAAAACUGCUGCAGCUCUGACCUUUGCAAUACCAAAUGCAACAUGACGUCGCAGGGUGGCACUGGAGUUGCUAUUGUUGGCUGA